GCUAUUUGAAAACCUCCGAAUUUUUAUUUUCUCUUUACUUUCUUUCCCUCUCCAAAAACACACGCAUAUUUUCUGAUCCGUUAUAUAUUUCACACUCACUCCAUUUUUCAAACCCUAAUCGCACAUUCACCAUGGAAUGGAACCAACAAACUCUUCAAUUCCUCUCCGAAUGCUUCCUCCACACUCUCUCUCCUCUCCCUGAACCCCGCCGCCAUGCCGAAUCCUCUCUCUCCUCCGCCUCCUCCCAACCUAACUUCGCCCUCGCCGUCCUCCGUCUCGUCGCUGAACCCUCAAUCUCCGAUCAGAUCCGUCAAGCCGCCGCCGUCAACUUCAAAAACCACCUCCGUCUUCGUUGGUCCGCCGAAGAUAACCCAAUCCUUGAUUCCGAAAAGGAACAAAUCAAAACCCUAAUCGUACCUCUCAUGCUCUCUGCCACCAACAAAAUCCAAUCUCAGCUCUCCGAAGCUCUAGCCAUCAUCGGGAAUCACGAUUUCCCCAAAUCAUGGCCCUCGCUUCUUCCAGAGCUCGUUGCUAGUCUUCAAAAAGGUUCUCAGACUUCCGAUUACGCUUCAAUCAAUGGUAUUCUCAGUACCGCGAAUUCGAUUUUUAAGAAAUUUCGUUUUCAGUAUAAAACUAAUGAUUUAUUGCUUGAUUUGAAGUAUUGUUUGGAUAAUUUUGCUGCUCCUUUGCUUGAGAUUUUUCUCAAAACUGCGUCCUUGGUUGACGCCGCAGCUGCACAGCAGCCGCCACCACCACCGGAAACUCUUAAACCGCUUUUCGAGUCACAGAAAUUGUGUUGUAGGAUAUUUUUUUCACUGAAUUUUCAAGAGUUGCCUGAGUUUUUUGAGGAUCAUAUGAAUGAAUGGAUGGGUGAAUUUAGGAAAUAUUUGACUACUAGUUAUCCUUCUCUUGAGGGGAGUAGUGAUGGUCUUGCUCUUGUGGAUGAGCUUCGGGCUGCGGUUUGUGAGAAUAUUAAUCUGUACAUGGAGAAGAAUGAGGAGGAGUUUAAGGUUUUUUUGAAUGAUUUUGCACUUGCUGUGUGGACUUUGUUAGGGAAUGUGUCGCAGUCGACUAGUCGUGACCAGCUUGCGGUUACGGCGAUUAAGUUUUUGACGACGGUUAGUACGAGUGUUCAUCAUAGUUUGUUUGCUGCCGAUGGGAUUAUUCCGCAGAUUUGUCAGGGGAUUGUGAUUCCAAAUGUGAGGUUGAGGGAGGAUGAUGAGGAGUUGUUUGAGAUGAAUCAUAUUGAGUAUAUUAGGAGGGAUAUGGAAGGUAGUGAUCUUGAUACGCGGAGGAGGAUUGCUUGUGAGUUGCUUAAGGGUAUUGCUACGCGUUAUGGAGAUGCUGUAAGAAGCAUUGUUUCUGCGCAAGUACAGAGUUUGUUGAGCUCUUUUAAUGCAAAUCCGGUGGCGAAUUGGAAGGACAAGGAUUGUGCGAUAUAUUUGGUGGUCUCUCUAUCAACAAAGAAGGCUGCAACCGGUUAUGUCUCCACAGAUCUUGUUGAUGUUCAAAGCUUUUUUGAAUCUGUGAUUGUCCCUGAGUUGCAAAAGGCAGAUGUGAAUGAGUAUCCAAUGCUUAAGGCAGGUGCACUCAAGUUCUUUACUAUGUUCCGAUCUCAAAUAUCGAAAGAAGUAGCGUUGAGGUUUUUACCUGAUUUGGUUCGUUUCCUUGCUGCGGAGUCAAAUGUUGUUCAUUCUUAUGCUGCUAGCUGUAUUGAGAAACUCUUAAUAGUAAAGGACGAGGGUGGCAGGCUACGUUAUGGUUCAGCAGAUAUCGCUCCAGUUUUCUCAAUGCUGAUGAACAAUCUUUUCAGUGCCUUUAAACUCCCAGAGUCUGAAGAGAAUCAGUAUGUAAUGAAAUGUAUUAUGAGAGUUCUUGGUGUUGCAGAUAUACAACUUGAUGUUGCUCGAAUUUGCAUUGAGGGGUUGGGGUCGAUUCUUUCUGAAGUUUGCAGAAAUCCAAAAAACCCCACCUUCAACCAUUAUCUCUUUGAGUCAGUAGCCGGUCUUGUGAAGCGGGCUUCUGAGAGGGACCCAACUCUUGUGUCUGUUUUUGAAACAAGCCUUUUCCCUAGGCUUGAAAUAAUACUGUCCAAUGAUGUAACUGAAUUUUUCCCAUACGCAUUUCAGUUGCUUUCUCUGCUUGUUGAGUUAAACAGACCACCCAUCCCACCAAUCUACAUGCAGAUAUUUGAGAUUCUUUUGUCACCUGAUUCUUGGAAAAGAAGCGCAAGCGUUCCUGCCCUUGUGCGUCUACUCCAGGCCUUCCUUCAAAAGGCACCAAAUGAAAUCAGCCAAGGGGAUAGACUGACCAAAGUACUUGGCAUAUUUGACACGCUAAUACAGGCAUCAAGCACUUCUGAUCAAGGAUUUUACGUGCUUAACACAGUCAUUGAAAGUCUUCAGUAUGAUGUUAUUACGCCUUAUGUUUCUCACAUUUGGGCUGCUAUUUUUAGAGAGCUCCAGAGAAAGCGGUCAGUAAAGCUCCUCAAGUCUCUCUUGAUAUUCAGUUCACUGUUUCUGGUUAAGCAUGGUUCUGCAAAUCUAGUUAAUACUAUGAAUGCCGUCCAGCCUGAUAUAUUUAGUGCGAUUUUGACCCAGUUCUGGAUUCCGAAUCUUAAGCUGAUUACUGGAACUAUAGAGCUCAAACUGACUGCAGUUGCUUCAACCAGACUCAUUUGUGAGUCUCCCGUACUUCUGGAUCCUGCAGCUUCUGCAUCCUGGGGUAAAAUGGUGGACAGUAUUGUGACACUUCUUUCUCGGCAAGAACAAGACAGGGUUGAGGAGGAACCUGACAUGCCAGAUAUUGCAGAAAAUGUAGGAUAUACUGCCACCUUCGUCCAGCUUUACAAUGCUGGAAGGAACCAAGAAGACCCCCUUCCAGAUAUUAAUGAUCCCCGGGAAUUUUUUGUUUCUUCAUUGGCCCAGCUUUGUGCACAGUUCCCUGGGAGGUUCCCUCAAGUCAUCACUGCAAAUGUUGAUCCUGUGAAUCAGACAGCAUUGCUUCAACUUUGCACCACUUACAACCGAGCAUUAGUUUGAGAUCUGUGCUGGGAUGGGAUUGAGCACUGUUUGGAUCCUCAGCCUUUUGCAACAUUUGAGUGGUUUAUCAUCCUCUGCCUACUGUCGAGUAUACUUCUGCAUUCCAACAUAGAGAUUUUAACAACUAUUAUCAUCCAAUUUUUGCCGGUGUCGUGAUUUUAUGGUAGUGAUGAACCGAGAUUUACUGUUAUUCUCAUUUUGAAUUCUGUAGGCAUGUGUUUGAGGUGCCAUUUGGUCUAUUGGGAUUUUAGUGUAAAUUUUUUUCAUGGCCCCCUCCCCAAUUUCCUGCAUUUCCGCUUGUUGAGCAUGCAUGCCUUUGAGCAAAUGGUAGUGAUUGUCUUCUGUCAAUUUUAUGUGAACUUGCAUAUUUAAGUAAAUGUCAGAAGGGUUGUUAAUGGAGAUUCCAUGUUUAAUUUUAGUCGGUUUAAAAAUAUUGUUAUUA